AUAUGAGACGGUGUGAGUGAAAACAGGUUCUGCGUCUGUGCAAUGUAUUGAUGUAAACAUUAUAACGUCAUAUUGUUUCAUUCAGUGUGUUUUGGAGACCGUAUGGAAAUCUUUGAUGGCGCAUUUAGAAAAAAAAGUGAUCAGCUGUUUAUGAAGAAAAAUAGAAACAGUGAAAAUUUUAUACGACUUCAAUCUGAACAGUUUAAGUAUUGAGUUUAUGUUCAGAAAAAAACUCUUUGUUUCCAGUGAUUCUUAAUUAAAGCUGCGGUCAUGCCGUCGCUUUUGGAAGCCCUUGAGCGCAAAUACGGCGCUAAGGGCGAAGUAAAUCCAUCCAUUGACGACAUGCCAGUUGCCAUAUUUGUGCCUAAACGCUCCCCGAGACUUAGCGUACCCACACUGCUAGUACUCAACGAUUGCGAUAUAGACUGUGCCGGAGAUGCAUGUAUACUAGCAGAUAAAUGUGCGGACGUUGUUGAACUUGAUCUAGCUAACAAUAAAUUAACUGAAUGGCAAGAGGUGUUUGCAAUAUUAGAGCAGACUCCACGAGUUCGAUUCCUUAAUUUGAGUUUUAACAGGCUUUCGGCUCAAAUUCAAGCAGCCCAGUCAUUACGGCCCAGGUUGGAUAGUUUGAGCUAUCUGGUCCUUAACUCUACCUAUGUUAGUUGGCCAAGUGUUCAUUCGUUACUCAAGGCUCUCCCAGCUCUCGAAGAACUGCACUUGAGCCUCAACGAGUAUUGUUAUGUGAAUUUAACUGGACAAGAAGUCGACGAAAAGGAUCGUUGCGAUGCAUGUUCCCGUUUGAACGUUGCUGAUGUCACCGAGCCAGUUCAUGAGCAGCUAAAGAAACUUCAUUUCUCCGGGAAUCCAGUCAGCAGCUGGUGGGAGAUUUCCAAAUUGGGCUAUGCCUUCCCCAAUCUGGAAACGCUCCUCGUUAAUGAAUGUCAUUUAACAACCUUAGAGCCGGAUCCUUGCGAGAAGUGUGGAGACGAAAACGGGAACAAAAAGAGUCACGAUGCUUUCUCACAUUUACGCUUCCUCAAUCUGAACAACACCGGCUUGGCAACAUGGGAUGAAGUGGAUCGGUUGGCGCGGUUUCCUGCCCUGAAAAGUUUACGAGUUCAGGGUUGGCCGCUGUGGGAACGCGUCGAGUCAACAGAACACGAGAGGCGAUUGCUUUUAGUGGCUCGUCUCCCUCAUAUAAGGACCUUGAACGGAGGAGGGGCGGUCCCUGUUGAAGAACGAGAUGCUGCAGAGAGGGCCUUCAUCAGAUAUUACAUGGAGAAACCAGAGGCUGAUCGACCGGAUAGAUACUGGGAGCUGGUGCACGUGCACGGCAAGCUCGACCCGCUGGUGUCCGUGGACCUGCGGCCCGAGAAGCGCGUGCAGAUCACGUUCACGUGCGGGGACACGAGCGAAGUGCGCACCGUCGACGUUUACAGGACUGUUUCUGAUCUAAAAACAAGAUUGGAGCGGUUAGCUGGCUUCCCGGCUGCGAAGAUGAGGCUCUUCUACGUGGAUCAAGAACUCAGAGAUACGCAGGGUCCCGAAGAGAUGAAGUAUCCAACGAAGCAGCUAUACUCGUACAACAUCAGAUCAGGGGAUGAGAUCAUCAUCGACUCGAAACUGAAGCACUCUAUAUCGGCCAACUCGACCGCCUGAACUGACGUUGGUAGUGUGGGUAGGCGGUUACUUGGAACUUUAAAAAAUAUGUAUUACCAACCUUGACAAAACUGAACAAAAUUAAAU